AUGGACAUCAAGACAGGAUUCUCAAAGUAUCCGGCAAUUGGCACAGGCGACCCUAGCAGCGAGAUAAGAACAAUACCUGAAGCCAGGGUUCUGGCUAUGAUGGCUGUGGAUCAGGCCCAUACAACAAAUACGCUAGAUUCCUGGAAUUCUGGGGCAUUACCAUUGGCAUUAUCCCUCGACUUGCCAUACACUGGGGCGUGUCCGGUGGCAGGUGAGUCGCCACUUAUGCACCUGGAGUCAGUCGCCCCAGAACCCUUGCUAGUGCCCUGCUCGCCGCGGGCCAUGAACUCACCCGGACUGUUCGACAUGAAUAUAAGUCUUCCAAGCCGGUUUCAACUGCCGGUGCCUUUAGACCCCAAUUGGUGGUUGAAGACCCCGACUUGGUCUCUUUCACGUCAGGGUGAGACCUUGCAAAACAUGUCUGGCUCGUUCCCAAUUAUGUAG